ACGGCGUCAUUCUUGUCCUCAGUUACGCAUUAAGAUCCGGAAUAGAGUCCACGGACUGAGAGGCGUCUGCACUUUUCCUUUUUCUGUACUAAACUACCCGGGUUUUCUCCAAAUCACUGUUCUCUGCAAAGAGGAAGCCUUCUUCAGAUACAGACAUGCAUCCGGCAACCACCAAAUGGUACGACAGGAGGGACUCUGUUUUCAUAGAGUUCUGUGUAGCUGACAGCAAAGAUGUCAAGGUCAAUUUUGAUAAAACAAAGUGUGGUUUCAGUUGUGUUGGAGGAACAGACAAUGUCAGGCACGAAAUUCUAAUUGACCUAUUUGAAGCCAUUGAUGAAAAUGAAUGUAAGCAUAGACGUACAGAUAGAUCGGUUUUGUUCUAUUUACGAAAAGCUCAGCCUGGGACCCCUUGGCCGAGGCUAACGAAAGAGAAAGAAAGGCUCACGUGGCUUAAAGUUGACUUCAACAAUUGGAAAGACUGGGCUGAUGACUCCGAUGAGGAAAACUACGAUCAAUUUCCAGAUUUGAUGCACAACAUGGAUGGCGAUGAUGACAUGCCAGAAGAUGAGGACAGUGAUGAUGAGAAAAUGCCUGAUUUGGAAUAGUCUGCUGUAUAACAAAAUUAAAGAACUGACGGCAGGAGGCACACACGCAUUGAAAACAAAUGUACAUACAUCUGAGUCAGUAGCCAUAUUUAAAUGAAUAGUCUCCAGAUUGUGUAAAGAUCAGUCACUGAAGGUUGUUGCAUGGUUUUGUACAGAGCAGCUAUCUCCACUUCCAUUCGCUGUACUGCACCUUUUGGGUAUCCUCUUUUACUGUUAGCCGUCAUAACAACUAAGCACACAUUAACAAAUACAUAAAAAUGUUAGUGUUUGCUACAGAGCAAUAUGUGUAAUUUACGUUUGUUUUGAAAUAUGUUUUAUGUUGAAAGCUUUGCCCAUUCCAAAAGAUAUGGUUUUAAAUUGAUAAGAGUAGUUAAUGACUUAAGACCCUUGUAUCCAUCCAAAAAGACUCAACUUUGUUGAUUAGAAAAAACAAAUUUCAAAACGGUAUUUAUUAUAAAUUAGGUAUCCAGAAGGUCCGCAAUUAUUGCUUACAUGCAUUUCUGAAUUGCAAUGUUUGUCUUUGUAAAACAUUCACAAUAGUUGCAUUUUCUUAUCAGCUUUGGUAUUUGUUUAGCAUCUAAUCUUUAUCCUUCCAAACCCAUGAAACAUGCACUAAUGUUAAGACUGCAGGGUGCAGUGGUCUAAUGCAGCUUAAUGACGACUGUUGGGAUGUGAGCAGUAUAUAGUUUGUUGCUGUUCUUGAAGUUCAUUUUACCAGAAGACCCUGUUCAUAAUCUGAUGUGUUGUUACACCCAAUUAUCUCUGCAAUGUCAUUGAAAUGUGAGGGGAUUCAAGUAAUGUAACUUUUCAGUGAACAAUUCUUUUUUUUUUUAUUGUCUACAUCUUUCUAAUAAACGGUUUAUGAAAUUAUUUAAA